UCCUUGCUGCUGGAGCCGUCUGAGUAGCCAAGAAGUCCUUGAUUGAGUGUAAACACAGCUCAGCUACAACUACAACAUCCGUGUGUUAUCAACGUUAUUCUCACCCCAAAUCCAAAACAUGCUGCGCCAGCUCCUGGGAGGAAAAUUAACUCUGUCCCAGCUGAAGGCAGGGCACGGUCCAAGGCCAUAAGUAGUCCCAGGAGGUCGCCCAGCCCUUCGUACUGCCAGGAGGAGAUGGAGCCGGGCUCGCUGGUGGCCCGGGGGGGCUGCCUGAGACCCCUGUGCAGGAAUUUCGCCCGUGGAUUCUGUCACUGGGGCCAGAACUGCCGCUUCUCACACGACAGAAAGUCAGCCCAGAUCUGCAGGUACUUCCAGAGCGGGUCCUGCAGCUACGGAGAGCGGUGCAGCUACCAGCACAUCCAAGAGGAGCCAGCUCCGGUGGGGACCCGCUAUGGCCCCGUGCCCCCUGUCCCUCCCAGCUGCCGGGGCUCGGAGCCCAUGCCCAUGCCCAUGGCCCGGGGCUGGGGGGGAACCCGGCGCAGCUUGGCCCACCCUGUCCCCAGCGUGACACACGUGGCCUUCAAGUUCCCAAGUGUGGAGGUUGAGGGGGAAAAGAAAGCCAAGGAGAACAUCCCUGCACCUGAUGAUGUCCCUCGUGGGGCCAUCGGCGGAGAGGUUGUCCCUGCACAAGCUCGGAGGGCCUCAGGCUCCCAGCCGCGGGUGCUGGGACUGGAUCCCAACGCCUCUGACCCUGGGAAGGAGACGGUGACAUGGACUGACCUUGCAGAGGUCCCCGCAGAGCCGGGUGCUGUGGCAGCGCCGGUGCCCAGCGAGGCACUGAGGGCCCGGAGCGAGGCCGUGGUGUGUGGCAUCUGCAUGGACCGGGUGUACGAGAAGCCGCUUCCAGAGGAGCGGCUCUUCGGGAUCCUCCCCAACUGCAGCCACGCGUAUUGCCUGGGCUGCAUCCGCAAGUGGCGCCGCAGCCGCGACUUCCAGAGCACCGUCAGCAAGGCCUGCCCAGAAUGUCGGGUCACCUCCAGUUACUACAUCCCCCACAAAUACUGGGUCUCGGAGGCAGGUGAAAAGGAGAAGCUCAUCAAAACCUUCAAGGCACGGACAGGGAAAAUCAGGUGCAAGUUCUUUGUCCGGAACCGCGGGUGCUGCCCAUUCAAGUCAGACUGCAUCUACCUGCACGAGCUGCCCGCCAGCCGGCCGCCACGACGCAGGCAGCAGCACCCAAGGGUGCCCAUUGACCGUCCUUCGGAGAGCUCUGACGAGGAGGAUGAGGAGCUCUGUGUGCUAGAGUGGGCUCUUAGCCUGGCCGUGAUGGAGGCAGACUGCCACUACUCCAGAUAUGGCCACGAGAUGCUCUUCGUGGACUUCAGCGACUCCGACUAAAGCCAUGGGGUGCCGCGCAUGGGGUGCCCCACUGUUGGUGGCAAGGAAAUGUCUUCUGGGAGGGGGAAGCAUGAGCUUUUGAUGUGUUGAGCUGCUCCCAACAUUGACUUGGGGUGCUGCACCCUGCAUGGGGUGGGAUGGGGAAAUCACUCCUUCUUGGUGGACCCCCAGCAGGUCCCACAUCCCAUGGGAAGCCAGGGGGUGAAGGAACUGGGGGGGUCUUAGUGCAGCGGGGCACAGCCCCCCUUUCUCCUCCCCUCA